UCCAACUAUCCGAACAUAUUUAUUGUUCCAUAUAAGAUGAUGGCAAAAAUAAUACUUACAAAACACUCAUUGUAAAAUCAAUAAAUUCAUCGCUUAAUCAAUCAAUAUUUCUAUACCUACAUUAAUACAGCAUUUUUUUUUUUAUGAGGUACUAAUGACUAUAGCAUAAAUACCCCCCUCCUCUAUACUAAAAUAGCGUCGGUGUCGUCAGUAGUUGUUUUCCCUCCAAUAUUCGGCACCGACGGCUGACAACAACACACUGCACAGACACAAUCAACAAGAAAAUACGCGCGCCCGCGCUUUAUUGCGUUGUUGUCGUUGUUGAGCCAAUUGAGCGGCUGCCGCCAUGAUAUAAAAAAAAAAAUAUGGUAGAAUCGUAAAAAGUAUAAAUUUGUUUCGGGUCUGCGCAACACUUUACGCACCUAUCCAAAAUUAUUAACACUAAUGGCAUACGUCACACCGAAGAAAAAAGAAUUUAUAUAGUUUUUUUUUUAGACUGUUUUUAUGUAUUUAUCAUUGCUACUGUGGUAAUCACAAAACCAGCGGGCGGGGCGCCAUGUGACGUCAUUGUCUGCCCGUCCGUCCAUCAGUCUAGUCCGUCGAUCCUCCUCCACCGCCGCUACUCCGAUCACGGAUCGCCGACCGCUAUACUGCUGUAGCGCGCGCAAAAACAGUCCGUAAUACCGUAACUGUGUCGGCGCUGCUCCCGUCGGCUUUUGUUGUACGCCUAAUUUCCCGCCAUCCGCUAAAAAACUCCAUCGUCUUUCGUGUGUGAUCGUACCAUCAGUGUCACUUACUUGUUGUUUUCUUUCAUUCUUUACUCGUACCAAUUUAUAUUAGUGAUAUUCGUCUACAACAGUUUUAAUAACACCAUUAACGAUCUGUAUUCCGAGUUUUGACCGCGUUCGCCGCUGCCGUCGGUCCGUAUAUUGUUUUAGAGAUUUCGUCGUAGUUCGGUGUUACACUAACGCACUUAUUCAUUUCCUUGUUAAUGGGUACAACAUAUUUUAUUAAUUGAGCACUUAGGUAUUGCUCGUAUCGCAAUGGUUAUGCGCUCGUCGCCGUACUCGUAAUAGGUAAUCCUUCUGACCCUUUCUGGUCGCUACUAUAUUUGUCGCUCUACGGCCGCAGUAACACGACGGCUUGACGUUGCUAUGGGUGUACCCGUGGGCACAAACGUUCCGGAUGAUGACAUCUACAACACUAAGUUCUUGGACCUGUGCAAAGGUCUCAACUUGGACAAGAACGCUGCCAGCCGGGCAUGGGAGACCUAUCUGGCGGUCAAAGAAAACUAUUCAUUGGACGGGGAUCCAAGUCAUUGGUUAGCCUGUGCUAUAUAUGUGGCAUGUCGUAAUGUCACUGAACAUACAGUUGGAGAUAGUGAAACAUUGAUCGAGGGCAAUUUAGUUAGUUUAACACGACUUCUCCGUUUAUGUAAUAUUAGCCUUAUACACUUUAUUGGUAAAAGCAAAAAAUGGGCUGAUAUGAUAAAUAUGCCACCAGAAUUGCGUCGUAAAAUAGAUAAAUUGGAAAAAAACUUUGCUGUUUCAAUGGUUAUAUUUAAAAAAUUUCAACCAAUAUUUGGAGCUAUGUUUAACAUCUCUAAAGACGAACAAACAAAAACUCGUUGUUCUAAAAAACAAAAAGUAACAUGUUCAGCAUCUAAACUUUUUGAGUUUUGUUGGACAUUGUUUAUAGUUGCUAAAUCUGAAUUUCCAGAUUUGAGUGAAAAUUUGGUUAACUCGUAUCAUUUACUGUUAGCUUGUUGUGAUUAUGUGUAUACAAAUAUUCUUAUAGCUGAUUUAAGAGAUUUGUUGAAUAAAUCAUUUGGAGGUUUACCCCAUGAUUUUGAAUCUACUUCUUAUGUUUCUCCUUCAAAGCCUGUUUGCGUAAUUGAUUAUUUGUGUCAACAAUAUGAUGGUAUAACUACUGAUGCAAAGGUGAUUAAGGAGUACUUUUGGAAGACAAAUUUAAAAAAACUGAUUGAAAAAAAAGUAUUAAAAGGAGAUCCUGAUUUAAACUUACUUUUAGAUGUUGUCAAUUUUGAUUUCAAUUACAAGGCAAUCAAUAAACGUUAUGAACAGUAUGUCUUGAGUGUUGGUGAAUUUGAUGAACGAAUAUUCCUUUCUGAAAAUGCCAAUAUUGAAAUUGGAGCAUCAAAUGAAUGUACAACAGAAGAUUUAGCUAAAGAAAUGAAAAACCAAAAAAACAAUUUAUUUAAUCCACAAACACCACUUACGGGACGAAAUCAUUUAAAACCAAAAAUUGACUUGUCUGAUGAAAGUACACCUGUUAAAAAUGCUUCUGAAAUGGUAUUCAAAAUACAAUCUAUUUUAGCGGAUUGCUCACCUUAUCCAUCUGACAAAUUAAUCACAUUGUUAAAGUCAUGUUCAACAACUUUAAAAAGUGAAAUUGAAGAUCUAAUUAAUAUGUUAGGUAGUAAAUUCUGUUCACAAUAUUGUCAGGUAGAUCAUAAUUCUGCAUUACAUAAUGAUUUUGCUGAAAAAAGAUUGAUUAUGGCCAAGAUAUGGUUUUACAAGUUGUUUGAAAAUAUUAUAGCAAAAGAAGCAAAAAAUCCUAAAUAUGACAUUAAAAAUUUAAUUUGUCAUACUAUAUUUCACGAGACUCUUUUUGCAUGCUGCUUAGAAAUGGUAAUCUUUGCCUGUAAUUCUCAACGUGCAUUUCCAUGGGUUCUUAAUGCUCUUCAAAUCCAUCCUUACCAUUUCUAUAAAGUAAUUGAAGUAAUUGUUCGUGUUGAAGAUAAAUUACCUAGAGAUAUGAUCAAACAUUUGAAUAGAGUUGAAGAACAAGUUUUGGAUAGUUUAUCGUGGCAGUCUGAAAGUCCACUAUGGGAUUUAAUCAAUAGAAACAAUAAGUUGAUUCCACAUUAUGAUGAUAUUGCUUUAGUUUCUGUUGGUGGUGGGGCACAAGUGUCACAUUUAAACCACAAGAUUGAAAAUAAUCGUUUUGCACAUAAAGAUAGUCCAGUUUCUGAUAGAUUUAUUUCUCCGGCACCUGGUCAACCAAAUAUUAAAGUGGGCAAACAAGUUACUGUAAAUGAAAAUAGACAAUACUUUUCAGUUUCAUCAAGGAGUAAUGGUGUUUCAUUGCCUACUGUAACUGGGCCAAUAAAAAAAAUUGGUACUUUAGGAUUAUUUUUCAGAAAGUUUUAUAAUUUGGCUUCAGUACGCAUGCAAGAUUUGUGUUAUCAAUUAAGCAUAAAUGAUGAAGAUUUAAUGCGAAAGAUUUGGACGUGCUUUGAACAUGUUAUUAUUGAGCAUACAGAUAUGAUGCGUGAUAGACAUUUAGAUCAGAUACUGAUGUGUACUAUUUACAUCAUUUGUCGAGUGGUCAACUUAAAUUUGUCUUUUCAAGCAAUUAUGAAAUGUUAUCGAACUCAACCACAAUCUGCCUCACAUAUAUACAGAAGUGUUUUAAUUACUCCUCGAAAUCCUAGUCAAGAAAAUGAUGGAGCGCAGCGAGAUACUGAACAACGUAUCGAUCUUAUUAAAUUUUAUAACACUAUAUUUGUUCAAAUAGUUCGAGAUAAUGCUUUAAAAUAUUCUACCAACAGUAAUAAUGAUAAUCUUACACUUUCUCCUCUACCGGCUACUAAGACUCAACUGCAAUCACCAACCACAAGACGAGUCAAUGAUCGAUUACCAAUAUUUAUACGUAAGUUAGAAGCUCAAGCUAGUCCAAUUAAAUCACCAAUCAGGCCAUUGAGUUACUGUAUAAAUCAAAGUCCUAAAAAAGAUUUAGAAAAUAUAAAUAUGAUAACAAUGCGAGCAAUUACUAAGAAAAGAAAUAUAUCUGAUGGACACCAUGAUGGGCCUAUCACAAAACAAAAAACUCCUUCUCCUCCUGUUAUAACAAAACGAUUACAGGGUCUAUUAGAGGAAAGAAUGGAACAUAAUACUGAUAAGUAGCAUAUUUAAUAUAUUAUUAUGUACAUCUUCAAUUUUCUAUCAUGUGAAUUUUAUCUCUAGUGUUAAAUGAUAAAUCAAUUAAUUUAUAAUUAAAUAAAACUGUGAAUCAGUUGAAAAAAAAUCAACAUUUAAUUUGUAAAAGUGUUUGUGUCCUAAAACAUUUUUUUAGGUUUUGUAGUUUUAUACCAUUUCAUAAUAUAUAUUAUUUAUAUUUUUUAAACAUUUUUUCAUUUUAUUAAUUGACAAGAUUUUUGUGUAUGCUUCAACUUAAAUCUCUCAUUUGGAUAAGUAUCCAAUUAAAACUGGUUUUAAAUUUGGACACAACUUGAAUUCUAUAAUCAUUCAGUUUUUGACUGAGUUAUUAUACAUUUAAAGUGCUAAUCAAAUAAUUUAUUUAAGCAUAACAUUAAUAUUAAUUAAUACAUAAUUUUUAUUUUGAUAGUGUCUCAAUUUUUCAUUUUAAAACAGGUUGAUACUCUGGAUCUCAUUCUCAUUUUUUAUUUCUUGUUAUUUUCAAUGUUUUUUUUUUUGAAAUCUUUAUUUUUCAUCUUUUAUUACAAUUCUCUUUGUAUUAGUUAAGAUGUGUAGAAUAUUAUUUUCCUAGAUCAUUUGUAUGAUGUUUUAUCCAAAUUGUGUCUUAAUGCUUAAUGUGUUAAAUGCUUAUUUAUGACUAGAGAUGUAUUGUUUUAAUAUAAAUAAUACUUUUUUAGUAUUUUUAUUUUGAAUUUUAUCUAUUAACAAACACUUCUUUUAUUUAAUGUUAACUUAAAUAUUAAAAUUUAACUGUAGAAUUGUUUAGUGUGAUUAGAAUAUUAUUUUAUGAAUGAAUCUGAAUGUCUAUUGGGGUGUGAUUAGAUUAAAUGAAAAAGUUAUAAUAAUUUUAAAUUGAAUAAUUAUGUCUCCAUCACUAAAAGCAUUUAUAUAAUAUGUAAUGAAAUAUAAUAUAAUAGUAUAAUUUUUAUUUUUUUUAAUUGAAAUUUUGCAUGUUAGAGCAUUAAUACACUUUAGUAUUAAUAACUUAAGAUAAAAUAAUUUUAUUAGUAAUAAUUACAUACAAUUAUAAGUAUAUUUAAAAAAAUAUAUAUAUUGCGUGUAUAAUCUCUUUAAAAUAUUGGAGUAUAAUUAAAUUUAUUGGUUUGAAAUAUGAUUUCUAAUAAAUCAAUAAAUUAUUGUUUUUAGUAAUUUUGAUAAAUUAAUAAAAAAUACUAUUCAUUUUAAUUUAUAAACAACUAUUUGGCUUGUUGUAUCUGAAUUUGAAAAUGUAUUAUUAGUUAUAUAUAUAAUCCAUAUAUUUUUAUUUUAUCAUAAUCUUUAAAACAAAAUAAAUAUAUACUCAAAAUAUUUAUAUUUUUAUUAAGUAAUUCUAAGUUAUUAUUUUGUUUUUGAAAUAAUAACUUAUAAUUAUAAACUAUACAAAAAAUAUUAUUAUAAAAUAAUAAUUCUUUACUAAUGUGUUUUAAUUAACAUAACAUUUUUAUUUUAGUACAUGAUACAUUUAAUUUUUAAGAUAUUAUGACUAUACUAUUUUAAUUAUUCUAAGUUAUUAAAUUUAUAAAUUUUAAAAUGUAUGUUUUACUAUUGGACCUUACAAAAAUUACAAUUGAAAGAUUAUAGUGAAUGCUUUUUUUAAUAUGAAUAAUAUUUCGGUAUAAAGAACAGUUUUUAACGAAUAUUUUAAAUAUAUGACCUUACUAGGCUUACUAUUUAUUAAAACAUAUGCUAAUUCUUAAAAAAUUAACCUUUUCAUUUAUUUAAUUGUAAUUAAAAACAAAAAUAUUAAUAUGUCUAAAAUAUUAAGUUUUUUCUUGAUGGAUUAUUAUUUUUAACCUUCUUUUCUAACUUUCAAAAAUAUUAUCAAUAAAAAUAAGAACUAACAUCAUACCUACUAUUGAUUGACUUAUAUUUUUUCCAUCUAUUUUCAUCAUAUUUAAAUUGUGUUGAUCUAUUUUAAAUUAAACCUGAUUAAUUAUACAUGUAAGUAUCUAACUUGCAGGAUUAAAAUUUGAAACUAUUUAGUUGAUUAAUAUACAUAAUUUACAACUUAUAUAAAUGUUUGUGAUAUGAUUUUACUUGUUGGACUUAAGAUUAUAAUAGGUACUAUUUUAUAAUUAUUUCUUUUGUCAAGUUAUUCAUAAUAUUAUAUUAUUUAUUUAAAAAUUUGUUUAAUGCAUUGUUUGUACAUUGUAUAAUUUGUCUCAAUUUGUUCAAUUAUUAGUUUUAGUCAAUAAUAUUUUAUAAUUAUAUGUUAUUUAACGUUGUCUCUCUUUUUAUUAAUUUAUUAAAAAUGCAAUAUAUCUAUAUUAUUUAAGUUAAGGUUGUUUUGACUUAAUAACUGUGACAAUUAAACAACAUUAAGUUAUAAUUAAUUGCACAGGUUACAUUUUUGUGUGUAUUGAACUAAGUUUUUGAUUGUGUGCUAAUAUAUAUUUUACAGAUUUACUGUUUAAAAA